CCCGUCUCAGCGCCCGGAGCCGCUGAAACUCAAAUCAAUCCAAUCCAUUGGCCGGCAGCUAAAUCAACAAAACAAACCAUUUCCUUACACAACAACCACCAUGGCUUCAGAUCCAAAACCGCAAGGGCGCAAGCGCGGUAGACCUGCAAACGCGUCCAAACAAGCUCCCAGCGCGUCGCAAGAUCGACCAGACGAAUACGAAGCCGAUGUUGAAGAAGCUGCGCGUCCGAAACAACGGGGACGACCAAAGAAACAAGCGCAAGAAGAUGCGCCCGAGGAAGAAGUAGCGCAGGUGGAGAAAUCUAAAAAGAAGCGUGGUCGACCUUCACUAGAGGAUAAAAAUGCGGAAGAGACGACAGAAAAUGCAGCGCAACCGAAACGAAAACGCAUUCGCCCGUCGCUGGAGAAGAAUCAAGAUGAACAAGAAGCUGAGCCAGAAACGGUAGAGGCGCAACCAAAGAAGAAGCGCGGACGACCAUCUCUCGAAAAGAAUCAGAAUGAGGAGCCUGAGCAGGAAACAGAAGAUGCUGGAAAACAAAAGCGAAAGAAGAAAGCGAGGGAGAAGCAAGUUGAAGAGCCAGAAGAACAGCCAGAGGAAGAGUCCCGACCACGAAAAAAGGGCCGCAAGGCAGCUCAACAACCUGAACCCGAGCCAGAAGAACCAGAGGCAGAACCGGCACCUCGAAAGAGACGGCGACGUGAAGCAAAAGAGCCAGAGCCUGAACCUGAACAAGAGGAACAACCACGACGCAGUCCACGAAAUUCUUUGCGUGAUCUCGGCGAAGAUGCCAAUAACAAGGGCAGCAAGGCCGAAAACUCCAAAAAGAAGAAGGACCGUGUAGCACAGGAAAACGCAGAAGAUCAACAACCUGAAGAAGCUACCAAGAAGCGCGGUCGGCCAAAAGGGGGAAGACCGUCAACUGAGAACGCAGAUGAACCACAGGAAGAGCGACAAGAGACUAACAAAAAGAAACGUCGCGACAAAGAGAAAGACGAUGCACCCUCUGACUCAGACGAAUCUCUCGCCUCUCCGCCAAAACCGUACAUUCACAUCGCCCCCUUUAAACGUACAAUUCGCUCGUCCAAGAUCGCCGCAGACUGGACUGGUCUAACAGGCGCAUCACUCCCCACCACAAAAUCCAUCCUCAAACUCGCCCAACAGCCCAUCCUGCAACGCAUGGCCCCAACAAACAACCGACGCACCCACGCCUCUGCAGCAUUACAUCUCGUCUACCGCCGCAUGGAACGCAAACUCGCCCGCGGUCUACCCUUCCCGCCAAGCAAUUCAUCGAAGACUACCAAACGGCGCGGAGAUGCUGAUGGGGGUCGUGCUUUGGAGCUUGAUUUUGAGGCGGUACUGGAUGGGAAGGCGGCGUUGGAGAGACAGCUUGUGCCAGGGCUUCAUGCGGUUGAGCUGUUGAAGGCGGAGAAGGAUAGGAUGGAGAGGGAGCUUGAGAGAGAUUAUGAGGAGUUGAGGAACUUGGAGGCAAAUGCGAGGGCGCAGACGAGGGAGCGCAAGGAGUUGUUUCGAAAGGCCCAUGUCCUGGCGCCGACAUCAAGGCCAGCCAGUAAGGGUCAGGAAACAACUUUCGUCACUGACACCAAAGACGAGGGAAGUCUCAAGGACCUUGUAGAUACACCUCUUGAACCUGUAGCACUUCAACUAGCAGGUCACGUCGAAAGCAUCCGUGGUAACCUCCAACAAGCUGAGGGAGUCACACCACAAUUGAAUCGUACGAAGGCUGCAUUACAGGAUGUGUUGCAGCGGUAUCUAGAUGAAGGAGCUUAUGAGCAGGUUGUCCUUGGAUAAAUGCUCUUUAUAAGAUAUGAGAUGAUGAAAUAAGCUACUUGAGCUAUGCAUGAAUGGAUGAGCAAGGCGUUGGGGAUAACGGUUUGGAUGAGUUUGCAUAGAUGGACGCAUGGCCUUGGAUGAGCGUUAGGGUACAGGUACAGAUAAUAUCUUAAGA